AUGUCUUCCAUGGAAAAGGACCGCAUCGAGUCUGACGACCAGACCAUGUCCAGCGAAGAAGCUCCCCGACGAGAGCGUCGCAGCAAGAAGAAGGGCAGCAAGCGUCGCCAACAAGCACCAACCCAACAGCAGCAGCAAGGGGGAUCAGGACCCCUCGACCAGCUCCCUCUUGCCGGAGACCUAGGCAACACAGUCGGCGGCGUCACAGACGGCGUGACCAACACCCUAGGCGGCGUGACGGGCGGCCUGGGCGGUCUCACGGGCGGUCAGCAGCAGCAGCAGCAGGGCGGCGGCGGCGGUGAUGCUGGCAAAGACACGCUCCGUCUGCGCCUAGAUCUCAACCUCGACAUUGAGAUUCAGCUCAAGGCUCGUAUCCACGGUGAUCUCGAGCUCUCUCUACUUACUGUACUAAAAAUCAAGCCCCAAUUCGAGGUUCCAAGUUUCAUGCAGAGCCUGCUACCUGUCGUCAUGUCCCCGCACAAAACAAGCUCUACCAGCCACACGUCAACAUCAAAGCAGCCCUUUUGGCACGGCGCUGGCAUCAGGUCAGCACUCUCCUCUGCCAUCUCCAUAUUCCAGCCUUCUGCCUCGAGACCCAGCAGACCCCCAAAACAGGUCCAGGAUCAGCAGCAAGAAAAACUCCAGCCUCACGAGGAUCAUCAGCCUCAGGAACAAAUUGACCCUAUCCCAAUGUCUUCGCCCACCCCUGAUGGCGAUCCUACGCACAGCACCUACGAGGUCAAUGUUCCUGUCCGCAAUGGACGAACAUCUGAACCAAAAGUCUCAAACCCUGAGAUUCGCAUACCAAGGAUAAAGCCAGUAUCUGAAAGCACAGACCAAACAGACUCAAAAACACAAUCACCUGAAAAACUCGCUGCUGGUCUAGACGGCAAAUACGUCGAUGAGUUUGGCAACAUUCUAGACUGGGACGGUACUGUCCUCGGCCGUGUAGAAGGCGAUCUCCCGUCCAUGGUAGGACGACCAGUCAUGCCGAAUGGACAAGUCCUCGACGAGGACGACGAAGUGGCUGGUCACGUCUGCGAGAACUACAUCAAGCCUGCUCUCAAGCCACUUGCAGCAGGUGGACUCAAAGUCGAUGAUGAAGGAAACAUCUAUGAUGACCAGGGGAACAGGAUUGGCAAGCUCGACAAGCCGAUGCCGACGCAAGACGGAACCGACAAAGUUUCCGAGAACAAGGACAAGGAAAGGGAACAGGCCCAGGGUAGUGGGAGUGCCGGCACAACUAACAAUGCAAAUGCAAAGCCACCGGGUGCUCCAAGGCCUGACGAGCUGUUCCUGGACGUCAAGUCAACCUAUGAUGGUAUUCAACUCAUCAUCAAGAUUCCUACAGUCUUCAACAGGAACCUUGUAACCGAGACAAAGAGCAGCGGUAGUCAGACUGAGACAACUGAUAGCGAUAAUCGAUAA